GCCAUAAGCAUAACCAAAGUAUCAAUAUGGCAAGUACAAUAUUAAUUAGUUUUAUCUCAAUAGUCUUGCUUUGCAUUACAUCAACUCAAGGAAGAAAAUCACUUUACACAACCAAUAAUGAAUUUUCAGCAUCCUCUCUUGCUACCAAUGAUGAUGGUGUCUGCAGUACUCCGGUAAAAAUACAAGGUUAUACAUGUGAAGAACAUAAGGUAACAACAAAUGAUGGUUACAUUCUAAGCUUACAGAGAUUAUCGACAGGGCAAUCCGGUAUAAAAGCAAACAAGCCACCUGUGUUAAUACAACAUGGUCUAUUUUCUGAUGCUAUAAUAUGGUUGUUCAAUCCUCCACAAGAAUCAUUGGCAUAUAUCUUAGCAGACAGUGGAUUUGAUGUGUGGCUUGUCAAUGGAAGAGGGACAAAAUAUAGCACCAUGCACACAUCACUAAGUCCUAAUGACAAUGCUUAUUGGGAAUGGUCAUGGGACGAAUUAGCUAAUUAUGAUCUUCCUGCUUCCGUCCAAUAUGUUUACAAAGUCACUGGUCAAAAAAUGCAUUAUGCAGGUCAUUCUCAGGGAACAUUAAUGGCUUUGGUUGCUUUAUCUCAAAAUCAACUUCUAGAUAUGUUGAGAUCAGCUGCAUUACUUAGUCCAAUUGCACAUAUGAAUCAAAUUCCUUCAAGUGCAACAAAACUUGCUGCUAACCUCCUUUUAGCUAAUGAUGUAUAUUGGUUAGGCCUCCGUGAAUUCAAUCCUAAGUCGGAUACUGGAAACAAAGUUAUGGAAGGUGUCUGCACUGCUCUAAAAAUUGACUGUACAAAAAUAAUGACAAUUUUCACAGGUCCAAAUUGCUGCUUAAAUUCUUCUAGGACAGAUUUGUAUCUUGAGUAUGAACCACAACCAACAGCAACAAAGAACUUGAUCCAUCUAUCUCAAAUGAUUAGAACAGGAUUUAUAGCAAAGUAUGAUUAUGGUAAUGCACAAGAAAAUAUACAACACUAUGGACAACCGGCUCCUCCAACUUAUGACAUGACCAAAAUCCCAAAUGAUUUUCCUCUUUUCCUAAGCUAUGGAGGGAAAGAUUAUUUAUCUGAUGUAAAAGAUGUGAAGGUUUUGCUAAAUGACCUUAAAGGUCAUGAUGUGAACAAGCUGGUGGUAUUGUUCAAGGAAGAUUAUUCACAUGUUGAUUUUAUUAUGGCUGUAAAUGCUAAACAAGCUGUGUAUGAUCCUAUGAUAGCUUUUUACGACACUAAUUGAAAUUACUGAAAUUUAUGUGAUUCGUUACGUAGGAUAGAUAUUUUAGUUUGAUUGACGAAUCUAGUUAUAUUUUUAUUGAAUAAGUAUUUUGUACUCCCUCCGGUUAUUAUCAAAUAUAAAUUUAA